AUGCAUAUAUUACGAUCACUGCUGGGUUUGUUCUUUGUUUACAUAGCAUCCGUGGCCGGCGAGCUCAACCUCCUCACCUUCGCCGAUGGAGGAAAAGGCCAGGUGUUAGGCAGCACUUUUGGCGCGCCAGGCACGAAUGCGACCUUCGAUUACGUGAUUGUAGGUGGAGGAACCGCGGGCCUUACGAUCGCGACCAGACUGGCAGAGAAUCCUGCCGUCACCGUCGCUGUCAUUGAGGCUGGAGGCUUCUAUGAAGUCGAUAAUGGCAAUCGAAGCGUGGUCCCUGGAUAUUCGAAUUUCUACACUGGCGCUGAUCCGAACAAUUAUCAGCCUUUGAUAGAUUGGGGCAUGGUCACAGAGCCGCAGCAGGGUGCUGCGCAACGCAGGGUUCAUUACGCCAGAGGAAAGACACUUGGAGGCUCGUCUGCACGCAACUACAUGAUUUACCACAGACCAACCAAAGGCUCGCUGCAAAAGUGGGCAGACGAGGUAGGCGAUGAGGACUACCUUUGGGAUAACUUCCUGCCGUAUUACAAGAAAUCUUGUAAUUACACCACCUUCAACAAAGCACUCUACAACGCAACCAUAAGUCAAGACACGACUGCAUUCGAUCCUCAAGGCGGACCGCUCCAAGUCUCAUUCAGCAACUACGCCGACGCUUUCGGCUCCUGGGCCCAGAAAGGUUUCACAGGCGUCGGCAUGGCCCUCCAAGACGGCCUCCAAAGCGGCAUUCUCAACGGCUCAGCCUUCUCCACUCUCACAAUCGACCCGCGCAACGGCUACCGCUCCUCCUCCGAGUCCAGCUUCCUGCAAGCAGCGCUCCAGAACGGCACAUCUCCCACAAUCUACAAGAACUCGCUCGCCACACGCCUCCUCUUCUCCUCUAACCACACCGCCACCGGCGUCACCGUAACGACAGCCGGACCCUAUGGCAUCGCACCCGUCAACUUUACCCUCUCUGCCCGCAAAGAAGUCAUACUCUCCUCCGGCGUCUUCCAAUCCCCGCAACUCCUCAUGGUCUCCGGCAUUGGCCCCGCCUCCACCCUGCGCGCCCACUCCAUCCCCGUCCUCAAAGACGUUCCCGGCGUCGGCCAAAACAUGUGGGACCACGUCCUCUUCGGCAUCUCGCAUCGCGUGAACGUUCUCACCGGCUCCGCGGGCCUCAACUCCCCCACCGUCGCCGCAAAGUUAGCCGAGCAAUUCAAGACCAACGGCUCUGGCCCCCUCUCAGCUUUCGGCGCAGGAUUCUAUGGCUGGGAAGCCUUGCCUGAACCGUACCGUUCUUCCCUCUCCAAUCCCUCGCGAGGCAAACUCGAUGUUUUCCCCGCGGACUGGCCAGAACUGGAAUGGUUGCCCAUCUCCGCUUUCCUGGGCUAUCAGCGCAAUAGACAAACCGAGGAUCCGAGAGAUGGGUAUAAUUACGCGACUGUGAACCCUGGGAUCAUCGCCCCCUGA